CCCUCGGCGGGGGUCCUGGAACCUGGCGGCCACUGACGCUGGGCCGUAUUUGAGGGUGCUGGGCACGUGGCCUGGACCCAUUGCUGGACUUGGUGUGGCGCAGCCAGUGCCUCAUCUCCCCUCUGUGGGCCAUCGCCCUCUGUGCUGCUGAGACGGCGGGCACGUGGACCCCUCAGCACUGUCCCUCAUGGCCAGCAGCCUCCCUCGCAGGCUCCACCCCCCGUAGCCAGCGAGCUCAGUGAAGCAAGGCCCCAGGGUGUGAGGAGACAGAGACUGGAGAUGUGGGCCCCUGGGGGGACGAGCUAGGCAUGGGGUGGAGCGUGGGUGGGUGUGGUGAGACAGGUUCCUGGUUGAUAGUCCCAGCUGGAGCCUCUUGGGGGGGUGAGCACAGACCCAGGUCCCCCAGGUCCUCAGGUCCUCAGGUCCUCAGGUUCUCAGGUCCCCAGAUCCUUAGGUCCCCCAGGUCCUCAGGUCCCCCAGGUCCUCAGGUUCUCAGGUCCCCAGGUCCCCAGGUCCCCCAGGUCCUCAGGUCCUCAGGUCCUCAGGUCCCACAGGUCCUCAGGUCAUCAGGUCCUCAGGUCCCACAGGUCCCCCAGGUCCUCAGGUCCUCAGGUCCUCAGGUCCUCAGGUCCUCAGGUCCCCCAGGUCCUCAGGUCCUCAGGUCCCCCAGGUCCUCAGGUCCUCAGGUCCUCAGGUCCCCCAGGUCCUCAGGUCCUCAGGUCCUCAGGUCCCCCAGGUCCUCAGGUCCUCAGGUCCUCAGGUCCCCCAGGUCCUCAGGUCCUCAGGUCCUCAGGUCCCCCAGGUCCUCAGGUCCUCAGGUCCCCCAGGUCCUCAGGUCGUCAGGUCCUCAGGUCCCACAGGUCCCCCAGGUCCUCAGGUCCUCAGGUUCUCAGGUCCCCAGGUCCCCAGGUCCCCCAGGUCCUCAGGUCCUCAGGUCCUCAGGUCCUCAGGUCCCCCAGGUCCCCAGAUCCUCAGGUCCCCAGGUCCUCAGGUCCCUCAGCGCCCCAGGUCCCCCAGGUCCUCAGGUCCUCAGGACCUCAGGUCCCCCAGCGCCCCAGGUCCUCAGGUCCUCAGGUCCUCAGGUCCCCCAGGUCCUCAGGUCCUCAGGUCCCCUAGGUCCUCAGGUCCUCAGGUCCCCCAGGUCCUCAGAUCCUCAGGUCCUCAGGUCCCCCAGGUCCUCAGGUCCUCAGGUCCCCCAGGUCCUCAGGUCCUCAGGACCUCAGGUCCCCCAGCGCCCCAGGUCCUCAGGUCCUCAGGUCCCCCAGGUCCCCCAGGUCCUCAGGUCCUCAGGUCCUCAGGUCCUCAGGUCCCCCAGGUCCUCAGGUCCGCAGGUCCCCCAGGUCCUCAGGUCCUCAGGUCCCCCAGUUCCUCAGGUCCUCAAGUCCCCCAGGUCCCCCAGGUCCUCAGGUCUUCAGGUCCUCAGGUCCUCAGGUCCCCCAGGUCCUCAGGUCGUCAGGUCGUCAGGUCCCCCAGGUCCCCCAGGUCCUCAGGUCCUCAGGUCCAUAGGUCCUCAGGUCCCCCAGGUCCUCAGGUCCUCAGGUCCCCCAGGUCCUCAGGUCGUCAGGUCCUCAGGUCCCCCAGGUCCCCCAGGUCCUCAGGUCCUCAGGACCUCAGGUCCUCAGGUCCUAAGGUCCCCCAGGUCCCCAGAUCCUCAGGUCCCCAGGUCCUCAGGUCCCUCAGCGCCCCAGGUCCCCCAGGUCCUCAGGUCCUCAGGACCUCAGGUCCCCCAGGUCCUCAGGUCCUCAGGUCCUCAGGUCCCCCAGGUCCUCAGGUCCUCAGGUCCCCCAGGUCCUCAGAUCCUCAGGUCCUCAGGUCCCCCAGGUCCGCAGGUCGUCAGGUCCUCAGGUCCCCCAGGUCCCCCAGGUCCUCAGGUCCUCAGGACCUCAGGUCCCCCAGGUCCUCAGGUCCUCAGGUCCUCAGGUCCUCAGGUCCCCCAGGUCCUCAGGUCCUCAGGUCCCCCAGGUCCUCAGAUCCUCAGGUCCUCAGGUCCCCCAGGUCCGCAGGUCGUCAGGUCCUCAGGUCCCCCAGGUCUCCCAGGUCCUCAUGUCCCCCAGCGCCCCAGGUCCCCCAGGUCUCCCAGGUCCUCAUGUCCCCCAGCACCCCAGGUCCCCCAGGUCCUCAGGUCGUCAGGUCCUCAGGUCCCCCAGGUCCUCAGGUCCCCCAGUUCCUCAGGUCCUCAGGUCCCCCAGGUCCCCAGGUGCUCAGGUCCUCAGGUCCUCAGGUCCCCCAGGUCCUCAGGUCGUCAGGUCCUCAGGUCCCCCAGGUCCCCCAGGUCCUCAGGUCCUCAGGUCCUCAGGUCCCCAGGUCCCCCAGGUCCUCAGGUCCGCAGGUCCCCCAGGUCCCCCAUGUCCUCAGGUCCUCAGGUCCCCCAGGUCCCCAGGUGCUCAGGUCCUCAGGUCCUCAGGUCCCCCAGGUCCUCAGGUCGUCAGGUCGUCAGGUCCCCCAGGUCCCCCAGGUCCUCAGGUCCUCAGGUCCAUAGGUCCUCAGGUCCCCCAGGUCCUCAGGUCCUCAGGUCCCCCAGGUCCUCAGGUCGUCAGGUCCUCAGGUCCCCCAGGUCCCCCAGGUCCUCAGGUCCUCAGGACCUCAGGUCCUCAGGUCCUAAGGUCCCCCAGGUCCUCAGGUCCCCAGGUCCCGCAGGUCCUCAGGUCCUCAGGUCCUCAGGUCCUCAGGUCCCCCAGGUCCCCAGAUCCUCAGGUCCCCAGGUCCUCAGGUCCUCAGGUCCCCCAGGUCCCCCAGGUCCUCAGGUCCUCAGGACCUCAGGUCCCCCAGCGCCCCAGGUCCUCAGGUCCUCAGGUCCCCCAGGUCCUCAGGUCCUCAGGUCCCCCAGGUCCUCAGAUCCUCAGGUCCUCAGGUCCCCCAGGUCCUCAGGUCCUCAGGUCCCCCAGGUCCUCAGGUCCUCAGGUCCCCCAGGUCUGCAGGUAGUCAAGUCCUCAGGUCCCCCAGGUCUCCCAGGUCCUCAUGUCCCCCAGCACCCCAGGUCCCCCAGGUCCUCAGGUCGUCAGGUCCUCAGGUCCCCCAGGUCCUCAGGUCCUCAGGUCCCCCAGGUCCCCAGGUGCUCAGGUCCUCAGGUCCUCAGGUCCCCCAGGUCCUCAGGUCCUCAGGUCCUCAGGUCCCCCAGGUCCCCCAGGUCCUCAGGUCCUCAGGUCCUCAGGUCCUCAGGUCCCCCAGGUCCUCAGGUCCUCAGGUCCCCCAGGUCCUCAGAUCCUCAGGUCCUCAGGUCCCCCAGGUCCGCAGGUCGUCAGGUCCUCAGGUCCCCCAGGUCUCCCAGGUCCUCAUGUCCCCCAGCGCCCCAGGUCCCCCAGGUCCUCAGGUCGUCAGGUCCUCAGGUCCCCAGGUCCUCAGGUCUUCAGGUCCUCAGGUCCUCAGGUCCCCCAGGUCCUCAGGUCGUCAGGUCCCCCAGGUCCCCCAGGUCCUCAGGUCCUCAGGUCCACAGGUCCUCAGGUCCCCCAGGUCCCCCAGUUCCUCAGGUCCUCAAGUCCCCCAGGUCCCCCAGGUCCUCAGGUCCUCAGGACCUCAGGUCCUCAGGUCCUAAGGUCCCCCAGGUCCUCAGGUCCCCAGGUCCCGCAGGUCCUCAGGUCCCCCAGGUCCCCCAGGUCCUCAGGUCCUCAUGUCCUCAGGUCCCCCAGGUCCUCAGGUCCUCAGGUCCCCCAGGUCCCCAGGCGCUCAGGUCCUCAGGUCCUCAGGUCCCCCAGGUCCUCCAGGUCCUCAGGUCCCCCAGGUCCUCCAGGUCCUCAGGUCCCCCAGGUCUUCCAGGUCCUCAGGUCCUCAGGUCUCCUGGUCCCCCAGGUCCUCAGGUCCUCAGGUCCUCAGGUCCCCCAGGUCCCCCAGGUCCUCAGGUCCUCAGGUCCUCAGGUCCUCAGGUCCCCCAGGUCCUCAGGUCCUCAGGUCCCCCAGGUCCUCAGGUCCCCCAGGUCCUCAGGUCCCCCAGGUCCCCAGGUGCUCAGGUCCUCAGGUCCUCAGGUCCCUCAGGUCCUCAGGUCCUCAGGUCCCCCAGGUCCCCCAGGUCCUCAGGUCCGCCAGGUCCUCAGGUCCCCCAGGUCUUCCAGGUCCUCAGGUCCUCAGGUCCUCAGGUCUCCUGGUCCCCCAGGUCCCCCAGGUCCUCAGGUCCUCAGGUCCUCAGGUCCCAGGUCCCCCAGGUCCUCAGGUCCCCCAGGUCCUCAGGUCCCCAGGUCCCCCAGGUCCUCAGGUCCCCCAGGUCCUCAGGUCCCCCAGGUCCCCCAGGUCCUCAGGUCCCCCAGCGCCCCAGGUCUACCACCCCCUGAAUACGUACUCCCAUGAGCCGUAGAAGACAGACAGCUCCGUGGAAGUGGACAGCACAUCUGAGACUCGAGCGUGCGUCACGAAGCUCCUGCUCCCAUCUAGGAAAAGGCCACUGCUCUCUGGCACAUGCGAUGAAGCCGGUACCGAGCUCCCGGCAUGAGCCCCAACCCUGCGGCAGCACCGGCUCUGCCAGCUCACGCCGUGUGCCGUCCACUGUGCCCU